UCAAUCACAGGUUGUUGUGCGUCUUUUCCUGUUUGGGAUUCGAUCGGGUAUCUUUAAAAAUAGACGCUCACUUUUCACGAACGAAUAUCGUCAUCUAAUUCUCGUGAAUCAUGUAUUAUUUAACCUUUUGCCAUACGAUUGGCAUAUUUAUAUCGAUUUCUAAAUGAAAGUGUAGAAAUAAUUUAUUCUUAGAACAAAGUCACGUUUCUAUACUCCUUAUCUGAGAUUUCAUCUUGGUAUAUAACGGUCUAAUUUCGUAACUUUUUCGAAAAAUCGAAAUUAUGUCAUGGUGGAAAUCGUAAUAGUAUUCAGGACCAAAAUGUAUUCUUACAGAAAAAUUAUGACAACCAUUGACAAGGAAUAUGUUAUAGUACCCAUUCAUCAACGACAAGAUUUGAUCCAGGAUUGUUGCACAUUACUUAAUUCUGAAUGGCCACGAAGCGAGUCUGCACGGUUAAAAUCUCUAAGUGUAUCAUGCGAUGAAUUCCCCACUUGUCUCAUACUUAUUGAUAAGAAUGACAAAGUUCUUGGUCAUUGUAAAAUAUCAUUAAUACCCAGAUUACGUCAUAGUUGUUUCAUACAGUCAGUUAUAAUUGAUUAUGGAUAUAGAUCUCAAGGACUUGGAUCUAGACUGCUGCGUGGGGCAGAAGAAUAUGUAGCAAAAAAAGGAAUUAAAAAUGUAUUAUUAAUAACUAAAGGCCAAGAAGUUUUUUACUUUAAAAAUGGAUACAAAACGUGUGAUCCAUUUAAAGCAUAUGGAAUUAAUGAUGUUGUAUAUUCUACUGCAGCAUUUACUAAAGCAAAGCUUAAAGAAAAAUGUACGCAAUGUUCUGGCCCACCACCUCCUCCAAUGCCAAACUUUCAAGUGCCAAAGUUUUUUGAUUUAAGUGUAAUAGCUCACAGAACGCAUAUGAUAAAAAAUUUAUCAUCGUAAAAUAAUGAACAAAAUGCUUGCUUCUACAAGAUUCAUUCAUAUUCCAUGUAUAAAUGCUUUACAAAAUGCAUAUUAUUUAUUUAUUUA